GGAAGGGGAGGAAGGGGAGGAAGGGGAGGAAGGGGAGGAAGGGGAGGAUCUUGAAGGGGAAGGGCUCGAGAGGACGGAGGUGGAGGUGCCCGAGGUGCGGUUUUAUAGGUCCGGGUGGGCCGUUGGGGUCGACAAGCGAUCCGGAAUGUCCAACACCUCCCCAGAUAUUUCGGACCCAGGCAGACCGGGAAACCCGGCAGAGGAGGACGAUGAUGAUGCUUCAUCCGAUUCUUCGGGGUUAAGCUCGGACCCUACCGAGCGCCUUCCGCAAACCGAAGAGAACCCGUCGUUCGAGUCCACUUGGACGCUCCGAAUCUCUUGUCCCGGGCAAGACCCCCUCGAGCUCGAUGAUGAAGACCCUGAACCGGCAGAGUAUAUCCUCCACGUCCCCCACUUGGCUCCUUGUCUACCGAACAAGCAGACGGCGGAAAGACUGUUGACCGACAUCUUGCUCGGCGUACCGUCCCUCCCGCCUCUGCCCGAGACGGUCUGUCCGACCCGGAUCGUCAAUGCACAGGUGGACCUCCUAGCCGAGAUGAUGGCGGGUCCGGAGGAUGUCAUCACGAUCACUCCCUCGUUCAACGACCCAAAGGACGCUUUUCCGUUGGACGUCAUCCCCCGAGUAAACACUCCGGCUACCGACUGUUCGUGCCGGGUGGACCAGUUGGAUUUCGAUGGCGCUUGGUUCGAAGUCCCAUCCUCUGGGCUCGAUCUCUCAACGGACUUCCAGGAGGUCCUCAACGAAGUCUUGCACGGACCGAGCAGGCUGUUGGGUCGACGGUUGACGGUCAUGCUCCGAGACGUGCAUUUCUGGAUCGACAGAGGGUUGCCUUUUAUGGCACGGUACAUUACCGAUCAUUCCAAGUGGAUCCAAGCGUUAGGUUGUCGAGCCAUCCCAGCGUCUGCCCCCGACCCGAGCCCUACUUCAAACUCAAACUCGACAACCAGCUCGACGGUGACGAUUUGGCCAGCGGGGGCGUUGGAUGAACGUCCAGCGGCGUUGGUCCCACGUGUCUUGACGGUAGGACAUGGGUUUGUCCUCUGGGCCACCCCCGUGAGCGGGAGUCCGGCACAGCAGUGGACGGUCGAUGUGGCCGGUCCGGGGACGACUUUGGUCAUACCGUUCGAGCGUAGAAUCGUGAUGUUUCAUUUGACGGAUAGCGCCCUCAUCGAGACGGAAGUGUGUCAUUAUCAACUCGCGGAUCCGCUGCGUAGGGUGCUGAGUCGCAGGGAAGACGAAUCGGGACCGAACGCCUUCAUGUCGGACGAAACUACCUCGGAAUUAUUCUUGGCGAUUGAAAAGAUGACGGAGAGCGUCCAACUAGAGGACCGGAUCGCCGAUUACACCUUUACCCGCAAGACCCUGUUGGAAGUAUGCGAUUCGGCGAGGAAAUUGGCGGCGCGUUCGCAGAAACGGCGGUUCAUCGCUCAGAAGGAAAAGUUGACGGUCGCUCUGGAGCAGAAACGAUCAGGGUUGAAGGGGGUCAGCUGAGAGAGAUUUGGUCGAUACGGUAGUUAUGGAUGCUUGAGACUAGAAUGGAGGUCGCACUUGAGGUUAGUUGUAUGAACUUCUUGCUGUACCUAUGCGAAUCCGUCGUGAUCUUGAUCGAGAAUUGGGCUUCGGUCGCCAAGAGAGGCAAUGUCAUACACGCUGUUUGCCGAUGUCACUACUGUGUUUCAGCCCGGCUCCACUUUGUCAUGAGAAUCUGUCCUCC